AUGGACUGCCAAUAUGACCACGAGGCCAAGCUGAUAAAUGACGGCAAGGCAUGUUAUUUUAUCAUUCUACAAGCUGCAAAAUUUUGUUUUUCUUGUGGUGUCGAAGCUGGUCAUCACAAACGUUCUCACCGCUACAACGUUAAAUUUACGCAAGCCACUGAGGAUGGCUCAUGCAUUAUAAAUGGAUGGCCAGAUGCCGAGGAACUUGAGUUGCUAUACGCAAUAGAGCAAUAUGGCUUAGGGAAUUGCCCUCAAGACUGCUAUGAACACUAUGCUAGUUUCUAUCUGCAAGGUCCUUUAGCUCCUACAUUGUGUGGGCACACGUUUCAACCAAAUUCGGUCAACGAUCAUACCUCCUUUUCACCACUGGUCGGACAAGAGAAGCCUGUCUUGUUAGAACCUGUAGAGCAGCAGCUUUUGGGCUAUAUGGUGCUGAGAGAUGAUUUUGAAAGAGAUUAUGACAACGAUGCUGAGAGUUUACUUACAAGGCUAAAUGUUCGCUCGGACUGCGAUGAUCUGGAAAAUGCUUUGCAUGUGGCGCAUGUUAAUAUCUACACUCAGCGACUUCAGGAGCGGCAAAAACGCAAAGAAAUCGGUCGAUCACAUGGCCUCAUUUAUCAGUUGUCAGCGUAUUUAACUUAUAAGGUACCCAGGCGACGACAGCAAAAACUUGAACCCAGACCUCCGCUGUCUCCACUGGCCCAUCGCCACAAACUUACUCCGAUUUCGCGAACAAAUAGGAAGAAGCUCACACCUCAAUCCAGUCCCGCUUCUCCGCCAGCCGGCAGUUGGUUGGCUGCGCCUUUCGCACUCCAGUCUUCUGGUCCCACUCGAGGAAUUCCUCUUGUUGUGCCUGGCGUCAUUUCACUGCCUCAAGAACAGUGUUGUUCAUCAUCAGAUUUUGAGGACUAUGACGCCUUUAAUAUCAAUGAGAAACUCAAACCAUUCCUCCGGUACUUCACACCCACGCAAGCGAAGGAGUUUCUGAGAAACUUGCAUCGUGAAGAAGUUUUGAAGCACGAGAUUAAAUAUCUCUUCAAUGUCCUUCAAAAGAGUGGUCAUAGAACGUCAAAUUCGUCUCGAAUCUCCUCCCCUCUUAAAGCGCCAUCAGAAUUACGAAGUCAAGUUUACGUCCCGGCACCAUUGAAUACCGAGCCGAUACACCCACUGCUCUCCGGCCUCCCCGGUUUUGGUAGUGCCGCGCCGCUCUCGCCUCGGCGAUCUAUAACGGCCGCUCUCCGCUCCUCCACUGCAGCUGCUGCGGCCGCCGCCGCUGCAGCCGCUCACCGCAGCGCGCAGAGGCGGCGCCAACGUCGGAGACACGCCAGCUCCAAGCCUUGGGGUCGGACUCAGGGAAAUGGAGUAGCGAAUCUGGUUUUCAGUUUACGCCAGCCGGAUUGUUGCUUUGGUGUAAGGGAGUCGAACGCCAAUGUAUGA